GUGUAAUUUUGCGAUGAAGUCGCGGUGAGAAAACAUUGUUUUUAUAUUCAGGCGAUUUUUGAUAACGUGACACUACACAGGAAAUGAGUCACAACUUUAUUGGUCGCGUAUUAAAAUUUAAAACAAAUUAAUUCGUUCCCAAUCCCAAUUAAAAGUACUUAUUUCCGGUGAAAAUCAGUAAAAACUGAAUGCAGCGUAUUUGUAUUGUGUGUAGUUAAAUAAGCGUGCUUAAAAAUGAAACCUGGUUUGUAUCAUGAACAAAAAUGUUCACAGCUAUUGGGAAAGGACGAAAACGAUUCUGUAUUACAAUUGUUAGGCCCAAAAUGUCAAAGUUUAUCUAUGGCAGUUGUUCAGUUUUUUAGUACAGAUGGCCCAGAAAGUACUGAUUGGCGUCAAAAAAACUUUGGUAUUCUCUGUUUUAUAAGAGAUCCAAAUAGAAAAUCUUAUUACUUCCGCUUGUACUGCCCGAUAAGGCGCCAAUUAUUAUGGGAACACGAAAUGUAUAACGGAUUACAGUAUCAAAGUACUGCAAAAUUUUUUCAUUGCUUUGAAGCAGAGGAGUGUAUUGUAGGUUUUAAUUUUGCAAGUGAAGACGAAGCAGCUACUUUUGAAGAAACUGUUAUAAAUUUACAAAGAAGAAGGCGUGAAAAACGAUUAGAGCAAAGAAACAGGGCACACAAUAACCAAAAUAGCAUUCAACAUCCUCCUACUCCUAAUAACAUGUAUGGAGGACCACCAGUACAAGUUAAUGGUAAAGUUCGCAACAAAAACAAAGCCAAAAAUUCAAAAAACAAAAAAUAUACCAAAGAUCAAAUUGGUUUACCAGAAAACUUCAUACAUGUACAACAUAUUGGUUGGGAUCCUGAUAGAGGGUUUGAUUUAGGUCAAAUAAAAGAUCCACAGCUUAACACUUUUUUUGCAAAAGCUGGUGUAUCUGAAAGCCAACUGCGCAAUCCUCAAACUCGAGAAUUUAUUUAUGAUUUUAUUGAUAAACAUGGUGGUAUAGAUGCCAUUAAAGAUGCUGUCGACAAUUCACCAGUGCCUCCUCCGUUACCAACAAGAAUCCGGCAAGCACCACCUCCACCCCCUCCACCAAAUAGUAUGCCUCCUAUGAGAAGUCUUGCACCACCACCACCAAGACCCAAUAACUUACCUAGUCCUGCUAAGAAACAAGACAGUGUUAUUAUACCACCACCUCCACCUCCUUUAAUAAAUUCAGCACCACCACCACCACCACCACCUCCUCCUCCACAACUUGAUUUACCAAAAGUAAAUUUACCCGUUGAAUCUGUUCCUGAUACAAGGUCUGCCCUCUUAGAUGCUAUUCGAUCAGGCAAGGCGCUCAAGCCUGUUGAUACAGCAUCAAGUUCUGAAAAAGCCCCUAAUCUAUCAGUAUCAAGGAACGAAUUAUUGGACCAAAUUCGACAAGGAGUUGAAUUAAAAUCGGUACAACCAGUGGAAAAGAAGAUUAUCAACAACUUGGAAGGUAAUGGGUUAGCUGGCGCAUUAGCUAGAGCUUUGGCUGAACGGGCGAGAGUAAUUCAUAGUGACAGCAGUACCAGUGACUCAAGCGACGACGAAGAUGAUGAAUGGGAUGAUUAAUUUAUUUUUAUUAUAAAAAAUUAUACUUAAUCCAACUCAGUAUCAUGCAUCAAUGUUCUUUACUUUAUACACAUUAUUAUUAAAAUUAAAAUUUGUAUAUAUUAAUUAUUAGUUCAAUUAUGAAUUAGCUAACAUUUUAUUUAAUACAUAUUUUAUAUUAAAGAAAAUAUUGCCUAAGGUA